AUUGAUACGAAAAACAAAAAAAAAUGAAGAUUUUUUUAGCUACAUACAUUUGUGUUUUAAUUACCUACAUCUAUUCAGUACUGGAAGGUAAGUGAUAUAUAAUUUAAACAGAAACAUUUUAUUUUAAAAUAUUAAGCAGCUGUUAAACAUAUUUUCUCCUGAAAAUAUUUUGUCAAAAACAAGAUUUUUUAUUUUUUUAUUUAUUUUCAAAACGUUAUUUUACAUGGUGCUAAAAUAAUGUGGAUAAAACUUCUCGGAAACCAAAAGAAUUGUAAACCGACAGCUUACUCCGUGACAUUAUAAUCUCUGCCUGCGUAAAAUCAACAGCCCUUUAAAUAAAUAAAUUAGUCAAUAGAUCAUGUGAGACCCAGCUUCUUGAAUUCGUAGAGGACCUGAUGACCAAUCUUGAGAAUCACAAGCAGACUGACGUGCUGGUAAUGGACUUCGUAAAGGCAUUUGACCGUGUGAAUCAUAGUUUGCUUCUACACUAACUCCAGAGAUAUGGGAUCCAAGGCACCACUAAAGUAUAGAUCUCUAGCGUCCUCAUCCACCGAUGCCAAGCAGUAGUGGUGGACGGUACAAGCUCCUCCUUUGUCGAUGUGAAGUCAGGGGUCCCCCAGGGAUCAGUGCUGGGCCCCUCUUUGUUCCUAGCAUACAUUAAUGACCUACCCGAGAAACUGACAUAACAUGUAAGAAUGUUCGCAGAUGACGCAGUGGUGUAUAGGACGAUCGCCACCAAAUCUGACCAGGACCAGCUACAACAGGAUCUCAAUCUGUUAGCUGAGUGGGAGAUGAGCUGGGACAUGGAAUUUCACCCUGCCACGUGCCAGACACUAUGAGUCUCUAGAAGUGUUACUCUUCUACUUUACCAAUACGAACUGCACGGCCAUAUACUUCAGCCAGUUUCCUCGGUAAAGUACCUGGGUGUUACCAUUCAAAGAGAGGUCCGCUGGGACGAGCAUAUUAACACAGUUUGUAAUCAAGCAAACAAGACCCUAGGAUUCUUAAGGCGAAAUCUAAAGAUUGGCAACUCCUGUGUGAAAGAAAGAGCAUAUAAAGCCUUUGUCCGUCCGGUUUUAGAUUGUGCAUCUUCAGUCUGGUACCCAUUUACCCAGAAGAGCGUUGGUAAGUUGUAGGCGGUCCAGCGACAAGCUGCACGCUUUGUCUUAAAUCGCUUUACCUCUAGAGAUUGCAGAAUACUGGAAACACUAGGCUGGUCACCAUUGGAGAAACGAUGACGACAAUCCAGGCUAUCAAUGAUAUAGAAGAUAAAUAAUGGGCUGGUCCACUGUUCCAGUAUUAAAAAGAAACUCGCCCCUCUCCUCCUUAGACAGCGACGAGGCCAUGACAGGUAAUUCAGGCUCAUACCAGCAAGAAGCCAGUAUAGGAGCUGCUCAUUCCUGCCCAAGACAAUCAGGGACUGGAAUAAUCUCUCAAAAGGAACGGUUCAGGCGACAACACUAGACACAUUUGUGUCUAUUGCUUCAAGUCUUUAAACAUCUAGUGCAUGAUUCCCUCAUAAAUUUGCACUGGAAAUCAGUAAAAUUUCCUCAUCAACACCAGAAACAGAAACAUUGAAAAUCCCAUCUACAUGCAUAGGAGAUGGAAACAAACAAAUUGAAAUUGCAAAAAAAGAAUAAAUGAAAAGAAAGAGAGAAUUUUAUAUUAAUACAAAAUUACUAGUAUGAGUAUUUGAUUCAUUUAUUAUAGCCUUGAUUAAUUAUUUACUUUUAAAAACCGGACAAAAUAUAUUUUUUAACCUAACUCUCGCCAGUGUAUUAGUGUUAGACACGAGUGCAGUCGUGGAUAAGUUAUCCCUUUAUGUCUGCCUCUGUUAACAUGAAAAAUGACCGCGGAUACCUUAUAUAUUGUAUAUAUUGUAUACAUAUUCAAUAUAAGUAUUAACCCAAAUAUAUAGGAAGGAACUAACUGACCAUUAAACUGUAAAAACAAGAAUCAAUUUAUAUAUACAUGUUCUGAUUCUUUAAAAAAAAAUAUGACAGGGAUUUGAUUUUAUUUUGCAGAAAUCGAAUCAGUUUAAAUAUCAUAUAUAAACGUGAAACAAGUUGAGAUAUCAUUGUUUAGACAAAAUAAUUCUUUGUUGUACAAUUUCACUAGAAGCGUGACAAACACGUUUUUAAAAAAAGUAUUUUUAAAUGAAAAUACCAAUUACCCAAUGCAGUUAAUUUGACUUAUUUUUAAAAAAAGUUGAUACAUUUUUUUUUGUCAAUUAAGGACACGUUUUUAGAAUUUUUCUCGAAUUAAAAACAAUAAAUUCUCUUAGUUAAAGGGCAGUGAGAAGUGGUAAGUUAGGCCCAUAUGAAAUUUCAAAAAAACAAAGGAUGAUAGAAACAUUAAGACCUUAUAAUUAAAACCUGGACAACAGCCAUACUCAACAAUGUGUUAAAUGAGCAUUUGUUGUCCCUAUUCCCAAAGAAUAAAAAUGAGGUGGAUUACCGUCAAUCAAAUGGUCGAGUUCUCAAAAUUCCUGCGGAGGGAAAAUCUGCUGUAAAAAUAGUAAGCUAAGUGUUAUAUAGCAAUUUGGAAAGAACCAAAGCAUUCUUACUACCCAAAUAGAGGGAGAAGUACUAAAUUUGAGUAAGCAGGUAUAUCCUAACUACAACUAAUUAACUGAAGAUAAAAAUCAAAAUGUGGCGGAUUAUUAUAUUAUCUCCAGGUAGCAAAUGGCUAGGCUACGGGUUACUUUUAAUGUACAAUGAAAAAUAACAUUUUGCCGAUAACUUAUUAAUCUGGAGCUCUGGAAAUUACAUUGUGCAACUACAGAGCUGGCUUCAUUAGAUCAAAAUACGAACUUGAAUAAUAAUGUGGAAUAUUUUGGGAGAUGCGGAAAAACUGUGUACUCUGUUUUAACUUAGUAAUUUCCCCGAAAGAAGAAAGACUGUUCACAUCUGUCGAAAAAACUUGCACUGGACAAGGCAUCAAUUUAAAUGAUAGUGAUUUUGGACCAACAAUAUCUUCAUAGCCAUAUUCGUGAAAGCACAAACAGACAGCCGUUGUUAGCUUUAUAAGAAUUAUUUAUUGUGAGAGUGUUAUUGGGGCGGUUGACAAUAGCUUGCCCACCCAUGCCUUUGUGAGCUUCAUGUCUCUUUGUGGUUUAGUCUCAGAUUUAGUUGGGGGCCUUAAGUACUAUACCGAAAGCUCUCAUAGUCAUUAUGUUACAUAUAGAACAACUCAGCUUUAGGAGAGCCAAAACUAUUCUAACAAAGGUAAAAAGAUACCCUUGAAUGAAAAAAGUGAAACAGGAUGAGUCUAAAAAGACACCCCCUAUAUAUAUAAUCAAAAAACUUUAGAGAAGGUGCCAUUUACGGGAAAAAAGUGGAAAAUCUGCGGUUGAUCCAUGAGUAAUCCCCGCAAAAAAGUAUUUACUUUCCCGAUGGCAAAUACGGCUUAAUAAAUUCGAGUCCUCUUGAUUUUUUUAAACAUAGGCCACUUUCAGGCUGUGUAAAAUUCUAUAUAUACAACUCUUGUUUAAUUAUUAACAAAUAACGCGGUAUACGAUGUCCUCAUAUGUAUCCGAAUUUAGAGCAGAUAUUGAUUCCGAUUUCGAAGUACAGCACACAUUUCGACGCAGACAUAAAAGCGAUACAUGUUGCCAUGAAACAUGUGCCAUGCUAAUUAACUAAGAGAAAAUCAUUUCCUUUCUUCGUAGUGUUUACCGACACACUAGUUGCAGAUAGCAGGCGAAACUGUAUGUAGUGACUUGAAAGGAACAAACAUUUUAAAUGUUAUAUUUGUUGACAACGAGACAUAAAGUCAUAUCGAGUCAAAGUGGUCCUCCAAGGGAUUCCAGGACAUACGUGACUACAUCACAAUGAAAUAGCUGACUUCAGGCAUGUCCAUUGCCGACAUAACUAAAAUAACCGAUGACCAUCUACUGUCAAAUCAUGGUUACCGACUAUUACUAUGUAGAAACUGGGAAAACUUGGACACGGCCAAGAAUAUUUAUCAUUAAAAGCUACACAAAUAAAGGAAUGGGAAUAUGUGAUGAAAAUAACAAAGCAAACACAUGAGCCUUAUUACCCGAAUGAGAACAGAAAACUGACCUAAUCAAAGCUACUUUAAAUGUUAAAAUUUUCGGGGCACGAGCUGCUCUCCCUGUGGAAAGACGACAUAGACAAUAGUGCAAUUGCUAGUCAAGUCCCCUGUAGGUUUGGAAAUACUACAGAAGUUUGCAUUAGCUCUGCCCCAAAAUAGAGAAUAUUAAAUUUUAGUAGGCAAUUCAAUAACGAUAGGUGUACCCUAAAAUCGUAAUUUCAUAUUACCAAGACUACGUCUUUUCGCAUGUUUUAGUUAAGUAUUAGCACCACAACAAAUAAAAAACUUGAAAAAAUAUAAAGCCGAUUUUUUUGUCUUCAUUAGACAAUAUAGUAUAUAGAUUUCGUAAAAAUGCAUUUUAACCUCAUAAUACAAUAGAUAGUGUUAUGCAUAUACUAUUUUAAUAAAUAAGAUCCCAAUAAUUCGACAGACGUAAACAUAUUAAUCUUUAAAAAUAAAUACGCAUCUAUUUUUGUUUUUAAUCUUAAAAAAUACAACUCCCAAAAGCUGCAAAUCUAUAUAUAUAUAUAAAUGAAUGUGUGUAUGUGUGUAUGUCUCGUAUGCGGUCCUACACCAUUCAUGCGAUUGCAACAAAACUUUGAUCAGUUGUUGUCCAAAUAAAUGGCCAUUAAACACAGUCAUUAAAAACCUUAUAAGUGUUCCUUUCUUAGCCGUUGGCCCUUAAUUCGUUUUUUUUUUUUUUCUGUGACCUUGUAAAAAAUAUUUUCCACAUGCGUCUCCUAAGCCAUUUAUCCGAUUCCAAUAAAACUUUAAUGAGAUAUUGCGAGCAUGUCCAUAAAGGUUUCUAAAUUAUUACAAUUGUUUUAAAGUAUUUAGUUUUGAGCCAGGGGCCUUAUAUUUGUUUUUCCUUAUAUGUGUUUUAUAAAUAUAUUUUCAAACCGUAUGCGCUCCUACACCAAUCAUGCAAUUGCUACAAAACUAAGUGAGUUGUUGUCUAUGCGCCAGUGCAUUUUACUGUGUUAUUUAAACACUUUUAAAAAUAUUCCGUUUUCGGCCGUUGGCCCUUCAUUCGAAUUUUUUCUAAUAUGAGCUUUGUAAAAAAUAAUUUUCAUAUGCACUCCUACGCCAUUUAUCCGAUUCAUAUUAGUCUUUGGUGAAAUGUUGAAAGGUGGGCCGCAAAGGUUUCUAAAUUAUUAUAAACUUUUCAAAAUAUUCCAAUUUUGGCCAGUGGCCCUAUUUAAGUUUUUUUCCUAUACGAGCUAUAUAAAUAUAAAUUCAAACCGUAUGCGCUCCUGCAACAUUUAUGCGAUUGUGACAAAACGUUCACGAGUUGUUUUCUAUAAACAUACCCAUUUUACUCCUUCAUUACAUUACUUUUAAAAUAUUCCGUUUUCGGCCGUUGACCCAAAUUCAUAUUUUUUCUUAUAUGAGUUUUGUAAAAAAUUAUUUUCUUUGUGCUCCAAUACUAUUUUUCAGAAUGCGAUAAAAAUUUAGUGAGAUGUUGUUCUAUCGCCCACAAAGGUUCUUAAAUUACUGCAACCGUUUUAAAAUAUUCAGUGUUGAGCCAGGGGCCCUAUGUUUGUUUCUUACAAAAUGAGCUAUAUAAAUAUAAUUUCAAACCGUAUGCGCUCCUACAUCGUUCAAGCGCUUGCGAUAAAACUGACGUGAGUUGUCCAUAAGCCAGAGCAUUUUUCUAAGCAAUUAUAACCUUCUAAAACAUUCCGUUGUUUUGGCAAUAGGCCCCAAAUUCGUUUUUUUUCCCUUACAUUAGGAGCUUUAUAAAAAAAAUAUUUUCCGUAUGCACUCCUCUACAUUAUUAGAAUGCGAUAAAAUUUUAGAGAGAUGUUGUGCGCACGCCCGCAAAGGUUUCUUAAAUGAUUACAACCAUUUUAAAAUACUCCGUUUUUAGCCAGGGGUCCUAUGUUCGUUUUUUCUGUAUAAGCUAUACAACUAUAAAUUCAAACAGAGCUAAUGCAUGGAUGGAUAGCUUUUUAAUCAAAUACAAAUAGUGAUAUUAAAUUGAGUGUGUGAUAUAUUAAGUAGGUUUCUGAAGUAAUACAAUAAUUCUACAAUAUUCCAUUUGUGGCGGGGGGCCCUAAAUUCGUUUUUCAUACUUCUAUUAUCUAUAUAAUUAUCGUAUGCAUUUCUAUACCAUUCAUUCGAUUGUGAUAAAACUGGGUCAAGUGAAAUGCGCACUACCAAAAAUGUUUCUAUAUUAGAAAAAACAUUUUACAAUAUUCCGUUUGGGCCAGUGACACUAAUUUCAUAUUUUCUUCCAAGAGCUUUGUAACUAUAAUUUAAAACAGAGCUAUUGCAUGUGUAGAAGUAGCUGAAUCCGCCGGGAAUUUUUUCAAAUUUAAUACAUCCAUUGUACAAUAUUCCAAAUAGGGCUGGGGACCGUGAAUUCAAUUUAUUUUCUAAAUGAGCUUCAUCAAUAUAAUUUAUAACGGAAAUAUCAACACUACCGCACUUGAAAAAAUUACACAUUUGUAGUAAAGAAGAGAAAACACGUUUUUGCAUUUUUAGUGUAGAGAGUAUUUUUGUUAUUAGUAUAAAUAAGCUUGAAUUUUGUGACGUAUUUUAGAAUCGAAAAUGACAUCGAAAGCGCUUUUUUUUUUUCAACUUAGAGUAUUUCUUGAAAAGAGUCUUAUAAUUUCGGAGUUGUUUUUUGUUAUGAAAAUAUAUUUUACAUGAAUCGAUGGUUUCUCAACUAAUUAAAUAACACACUUGACAACGUAGGUAUUGAACUAUGGUCAUUUUUUUACUGCUGGAAAUUACGAUUUAUAAAUUAAUGAAAAACUAUACAACUGGAAAUCUCUUGCCAACAAUGAACGUACCUAUUGUGCGAGGUUUUCAUGUUAAAGGAUGGAAGAUCCUAACGUGUGAAAAUUAUGAACGUUAGGAAUAUUGAAAAUUAAUUGAAUCAAAUACAAACAGCGAUAUUUCAUUUUGUUUGUGACCUAACAAGUUUUGUUAAUUGUGAAAUACCAUUGCUAAUAACAAAUGUCACAAAGCAAUAAUUUCGCUGUCAAAUCAAUUAUGCCACACAAAAAAAAACUUUGGGUCAAUCUAAACCUCAAGCACGAAAGAAAAAAUAAUCACGAUAUUUACAAACAGUUUAGCAACGGAAAGCAAGACUAGAAUCCACUCGAGUACGCAAUGCUCAACACCGUUAACCUGUAACAUUCGAGCAAAAGAAACCAAAACUCAAAACCGCCGAGUAAACAAUACUGAAACCCGUUUGUCUGAAUCAUUCGAGCAGCGAGAAACAAGACUGGAUUCUGAUAGAGUACGCACUGCUCGAUCCAGACGAACACUGCACGCUGAAUUAAAUCUUAGUACUUUCAAUUACAAUGCUAAUUAUGAUUACAGUCUUUAUCCAAGUGUGGUUAUUGGAAAAAUAGAUCAAUUAUUCGUGUAUUGCAGUGCCCUCAAAUUUAAAAACGAAACACCGGGAAUUUGCUGCGCGGAUGGGAAAAUUAAAUUCCAAGAACCAUUAUCAUCGUUGGUAUCAAGUGAAACAAGCUAUUCGAAACAUUUCUUGGCAAACAUACGCAAGUGCAAUUCAUGUUUCGUGCGCGAGAAUUACAAGCCAACAUUUUAAGUAAAGUGCAAGGCCACAUUUACCAUCGUGUAGGAUCUCUGAUGCCAAUGCCAAACACAGAUCACAAAUGUCUUCAAAUGAUUUCAUGGGGAAUACUGAUGAACAAAUCGAUCAACGUUGUCAUAUAAAUACGGGCACUAAACGAGAAAUCGUCGCUGCAAUGCAAACGUUAUUUUUGCAACAUAACGAAUUAAUUCAAAUGUAUAGAAUUGCACGUGAAAAGAUGCCGACUGAUACAAAGUCAUAGUUAGAGCAGACUAAACACCUGUCGGCCAACAUGAAAGACAAUACAAUGCACCAACAAUUGAUGAAGUGGCGAUCGUUAUAGUUGGCGAAGAUUUUAACUAACGUGACAUUAUUCUUCAUCGCAGAAGUGGGGAUUUUCAGCGAGUCUAAGAAACUCAUCGCUCAUACGAUUGAUUGCAAUAUCCUAUUUUAUUUUGGCAUGGAGAAGAUGGAUAUCAUUUUGACAUCAAAUUGAGAAAUUCGAAUAAGAAAGUCAGUGCCAUGAAAUACUAUUCAUAUCGAUUGAUGAUUCAUGAGUUGGGAAUGACUGUCAAAUAUUCUAGUUGUUGAAUAUUUGGCUCGUUGUUAGGUUUAUGAUUCUCGCUUUUGUUUACAUGUCUUGGAAAUCUUGUCACACAACAGACUAGGUUGAUUCAUCAAAACAAUACGCUUCAAGGUACAUAAGACAUUUAUUUGCUGAUCGCAUUACUAGAUUAAUGCGUCUCAUAGUUUAGUGAACAUGAAUCCAACGUAUAUGGCAAUAUUCCAAUCAGCAAAACAUAUCAUGACAAAAUCCACUAUCUCCCAAAAGAAAGACGUCUCGCUGUAGCGCGUCCUAUCUCUCGUCUAACCUCUGAACGUAAUCCCCCGUGACAUAAUAAUUAUUCGCCCUCUCACUCUCCCGUCUGUGAACCCUUUAUACCCCAAAUCUCAUGCCUCGUUCACUCCACUAUCAUUCGCCCGUGACAUGAAAUUAGUUCACAAUCCGCAUUCGUCCUCAAAUCAACACACACACACUACCUCAUGAUUUCAUGACCUUGACAAUGACCUCCCAGAAUCGAUCUGCAAACACACUUUUCGCUCUUGAUUUGCAACGAGAAACGCAUUUUGAUAUCGAAGCAUUAGGUACGGUACAUUUGAUCAAAUGAAUCUUCCGAAAUCGGUUCCAUUGAAGUUACUAUUUUAAAUGGAAAAUUUAAACUAGAUGAUGUACUUUUGCCAUUCACCCCAAUGAUUCCAACAGAUAUGCCAUUUGAAUUCAAACGCCUACAGUUUCCAAAGCGACACGCGUCUACAAUGACUAUCUACAAAGCACAGGGACAAUCGCUUUAAAUUUGCGGACUAAAUUUGGAAAACCCAUGCUACGCCGAUGGACAGAUGUAUAAGGCCUGCUCUCGCAUCGGAAAAUCUUCUGAUUUAUUCGUGUAUAUACCAAAUGGAAAAAUAAGAAAAACUUUGAGCAUUUAAAAGCUCUUGAAGAAACAUAAUUAACAUGCAAACAUUUUCUUUCUUUGUGUGGCAUUGAGACGCAUGCCGGGUACUCGCUAGUGGUAUAUAAAGGAAGCAAAUUUGUUCAAAAUUUACGUCAUAGAUUUUUCAUUAUUUUCGAAAGAGACAGCUAAGAGGCGAGGAUCAAAAUUGUGAUCAUGUUUUUAAGUAAAUAUAACUCUACUAAAAAUGUAUUGUAAAUAUUUCGUGAAAAAACAUCCAAUUUAUCAAGAUGAGAGUGGGGUAAUUUUUUAACCUAUGCAUAAACUAUGCAAUGACUCUUGCUGUCCGUAUAAAAAAGCGGUAGCUUCAAAACAACCAUACAAGCACAAAAACAAUUUACCAGAAGCAGUAAUGGAUGUAAUUAAAUCAAUAAAUCGAGACCUUUUCCUACCAAGCAUUCUAACAAAAUGUCUAGAUGGAUAUACUCAAAACGCGAACGAGUCUUGAUAUGGAAAAUUAGUCCUAAAAAAAUAUCAUGGAUUAAGAGCUGUCAACAUUGCUGCUGGAUUAGCAAACUCUUCUUUUUAAUGAUGGAGCCAAGGCAUUGGAAGCUCCUCUAAGACUGUUGCAGCUGUCUUGUGGUAAUUUUACACCAGAAUAUUUCCUUACGACAGAUGCUAAGCGGAUAGCAAAGGCACAGAAAUAGAUGAAUGAGGCAACUUUGGAAGCUAGAAGAGCCAGACGAGCAAUGAAAUUAGGGUUAGAGGAGGCAAAAGUUGAAGCUGAAGGCCAUCCUUAUCUUGCAGGGGGUCAUUAAGGUAUGAGAAAAAAAAAAUUUAAUGAAAAAAUAUUGAAUGGGCAUUCGAAAAAUGUCGAUGUUUAGUUCACAUUAUUAAUCAUAACUUUUUAAAAUAUUAACCAAUUUGCUUGACAUUUUCCAUCUUGCUAUUUCAUAUAAUUGUCUAUGUCAGGAACUAGUCAUAUUGCAAUAAAAUUAAUACAAAAAAAUUUUACAGUCCUUCAAAUUUUGAUUUUAACAUGUCAAAAUUAAGAGAUUUUAGGAUGCUGUUGCACAAAAGGUAUUCACCCAAUUACAUUUUUUAGUUGCUGACAUAGCCAAUCCAUAUUUUUUUGGGUGGAAAAAAACUAAAUAAAUUUGAGCUUAAAACUUUCUUACUAAUUUUUUUAGUCUGACAUGCCAAUUUCCAGUACCACAUUUUAUUUAAUUUUUUCGAAUUCAAAAAAAACUAUUAUGUAUCACUUGGUAAUGGUUAUUUUAUUUGUUACUAUGGUAGUAUGUCCAUUCAUCUAGCUUAAGUGAACAUUUUACAGUUGUAAUUUUAAUAGUUUUUUUUAAAUUAUAUUUUUAGUAGUCGACCUAUGUUCAGGGUGUACCUCCCCCCUUAACACACGUGAAAAUUUACUCUUAAAAAGAGUUUAUUACUUUUUAAUUUAAAGUGGCCUAAACAAAGAUGGAUUAAGAUUUUCCCUCAAAAUAUUUAAAUAACUUUGUUCACUUAGCAAAAUUUAAACUUCAAUGACAAGUGAAUAUAACUUUAUAUUCAUAAAAAUAUUUCUCAAAAAUAACCUCAAGGCUGUUAAAUCAGUGAAACUUGUUUAGACAUAUUUCUUUAGAUAUAAGCAUUAUGUGUUGUACGAUCUUCCAAAAAUGUAUUAGGGAAUAGAUGCAAGAAUUUUGUAUAAAUUUUUAUGGAAGAUCCUAAUAUAUUAAAAAUUGAUUCAUGUUACAAAUGUAUAAAAAGUUUUACAGAUGUUUUGUGUAAAUGUGAAGACAUGUCUUUUUUUAUAAAUCUAAUAAAAAUUGUAUUUAAUGGGUGGGAAAAUUAUUAGGGAAUGUUUAUAUUGUAUAGCAGAUGAAUAUUUCAUAAAUUUAUAUAGUGUUAGAAACAAUGAAACAUUAAUAUUUAUAUUUUUCUUAAGUAAGAAAAGUCCGAUUAAAUAUUUGCUAAAACUACAUUUAAUCAAACUUUCAAUAUAUCCCGUUUUUGUCGGGUAAUAAUAUCCUUUAUAAGAAUUAUCUAGUGUCACCACGUAACUGCAAAAUCCAUAAUGCUGAAAAUGAAAUCACCCGUAAUGUUACUAACCAGCGUAAUAUUUUUUUUUAGUGGACUCACAUAUAAAUGUCUCCAAAUCAAAAAAUAUUUAAAAAUAAAAAUAAAUAUAUCACAACAUUCUUUUAAAAACUGAUUUUUUUAAAAUGAAUUACAUUAAGUGUUGGAGGUGGUGGGGAUAUAAGAAUGUUAAUAUAGUUGAAGCGCGUGCCAAAAAUGUGUGGUAGUUUACCUAGGUUGGGUGACCAUCUCAGAUGUCCUUUUAUUUAUACUAUAUGAGGCUUGCAUAUUUGCUUUUAGAAAAUAUCAGCACAAGAUACGUUACACAAUGGGCGGGCUUGUUUUAUUGGAAAGUCUAUGUCUCAAAGGGUAUUAUUUUCUCACCAAAAUUUGGAAAAAAUAGGUAGUUUAAAGCUAAUCAAAAGGAUUCAUAUAAAAAUGUGUUAAAACUAAUGAAAAAAUAUGUACCCUUCCUCCCAAAAUAUGUUUCAUAAUAGAGAAAGAGAAUAUUUUCAACUUGCACAUUCUAUUUUUAUUUCCGAAGAAAUUACAGUAAUUAGAAAGAGUUUUAAUAAUUUUUUUUUCAAUAAAUAAAUAUUUAUUAAACCAACAUUGGAAAAUACAGUUUAAUUGCGUUGAAAUAUUAUCGAUACAUUUCCAUAUGUACAACUUUUUUAGAUUUUUAUAAUUCUCAACAGCAAGUAGAAAUUAGCGCAAUAUGUCUUCCAUUUAGAUGUGCCUAUACAAAUAUACAUAUAAAUAAUGAAACUAAUAGAAUUGUAUGCCUUUUAAAAAAUGCAAAACUUAUGCAAAUUUGUCAUCACAACGUUCAUGUUUUUUUACCGUUUAAAAUUGGACCAUGUUUAAAUAUUGCCACUGUUACAUUUUAAUUUUUAUUUUUUUAUUUUACAGAAACGUCUUUUUUCUUGCUCCAUAAAUAUUGACACACCAGCUUACAUUACAUCAUUUUUCAUUGUUUAUGUCAAAACAACACUAUUUGCAUCUAUACUUAUGUUAAGAUUAAAUUGUGCACAACGCAAUGAUGUUAACUAUGAUAAAACUAAAAAAAAAAUAAUUUCAAAUUUGAAUUCAAGCUUACUAAUACCCACUUGAUAGAACUUAAUCAAAUUUGAUUUAUUAUUACCUUACGUAUUUUAUAAUAUAGUGAAUGGAGACUCAUCAUGCAAGCCAGCUGAAGAACAUCAAGCCCACCAUAUACGGUUUAUAUUUCGAAAUGAAAAAAGGGAGAUAAAAGAUAUUCGAAUAUCUUCAACAACUAAAUUGAUUGGAACAUGUAACGUGGAUGAAAAAAAUUGCACUACCAACUUUCCUAAAGAGUUCAACAUUUACUUGACAGACUUUCUGAUUACAUGUAAUUUUAGUGUCGAGAUUGAGAUUUAUAAUGCAAGUAGGAAGAGUGCUUUAUCAUAUCUGUCAGCUUCAAUAAAUGACCCACUUUUGGAGAAAACAAAUGUUUGUGAAAUAAAGUAUUUCGGUAUGUAUAAAAUUAGUUUAUAGAUAAAGUUUAAUUUAAAAUGGCUAAAUUUUUUAUUAAUAAAAUCAUUUUAAAAUCUAUGUCAUGCAGAUAUAAAAUUAACCGUUUUAUAUUAUUUACAGUUUUUUUGUAUAAGAUAACUAGUUUGCAUUUUUGUUAACUAACAAUUUCUCUAGUAUAUUACAUCUUAAAAAAAAAAUAGUAAGCUACUUUUUUGAAAAAACAGUAAGAUUCUGCAGAUACCCUUUUCCUUUAAUUAAUGAACAAUCGCCACAUUUAAAUUUCAUUUUUGAGCUUAGAAGUCUUAAAGCUCAACAUUAUUUUGAUACCUAAGCAAUAUACGUCUGUGUAUUUUUCUUCUAAAUCUUUAACUCACAACCCAUAAUAUUUCGUGGGUUUAAAGGCAAAGUUUAAGGGUAAAUGAUCCCCACAGAAAACAUUGUUCACCAUUGUCAGUACACUAAAGAAUAUCUUAAGGUUGAGUGACAGCAAGAUACGAAUUUUUCGAUAGCGAUAUAAAAUUAAAAUAAUCUUAAAGUUUAAUAAAAAAAACUAUAAAAAAACCAACAAAGUAUUACGAAAGAAAUCGCGAAAAGGAAAUUAAACGAAACAUAGUAAUGUAUAAUUACAUAAUGACUUUUACUUUAAGAUAUUUUUUUGUGAUUUAAAUAUUUCAGCUAAAGCCAGAGAUUUAAUAUGCAAAAAAGAAAUAUUGAAAGAAGGAAUUAAUGUCACAU